AUGGUUACAACAACAUCCCAUGACUCGAAUUUGACACCAAUCGAACAAGCAAAAAAGCUAGUGAGAAUAAAGUUUUGAAACCCUAAUUAUUUGAUGUUUCAGGCGGCUUUUGCAUGCGCCGAAAAACAUGUUCAUAAUGGGUGUCGUUUGGGAGUUGGAUCUGGAAGUACUGUCAAAUAUCUUGUUGAAUAUUUGAAGAAUGCAUAUACAAGCGGAAAAUUGACAAAUAUUGUAUGCAUACCAACAAGUUUCUUGGUAAGUUUUUUUGUUCAUUUUAAAUUUUUUUUCGAAAUUUUGAAUUUUUAUAGACAAAGCAAUGGCUAAUUAAUGCAGGUUUGCCAACUUCUGAUCUCGAUUCUUAUCCAGAACUCGAUGUUUGUAUUGAUGGUGCGGAUGAGGUAUUUUCCUAUUUUUCUAUCACAUGUUCGAAUAGAAAAAAAUCAAUGUUAUCAUUCAUUCAGGUCGAUGCACAAUACACUUGUAUCAAAGGCGGUGGCGGAUGCUUGGCUCAAGAAAAAAUCGUUCAAAACGCUUCCAAACACUUUUAUGUGAUAGCCGAUCAUUUGAAAGAUUCGCAAAAACUUGGUGAUCGCUACAAUUUCAUUCCAAUCGAAGUUCUUCCAUUCGCCGCUCAACCACUUCUUCGCUCAAUUCCAGCCAAAUUCGGAGGAACCGCACAAUUACGAGAUGCUGUCAAGAAAUGCGGACCAAUUGUAACUGACAACGGCAAUUUUAUAAUUGAUUGGAGUUUUGAGAAAAAUGUCGAAAAUCGGAAUUGGCAAGAUGUUCAAAUCAAACUGGCGAAUACACCUGGAAUUGUUGAAACCGGUUUAUUCAUUGGUGUAACCGAUGCUGUUUUCUUUGCAUAUCCAGAUGGUUCAGUCAAAGAACUUGUGAAUACAGCCAGAAAAUCUUCCACAUAA